UAAAAGUGAUUUUGCGUGUGUGUGUGUCUGGCUGUGUUUGUGUUGCCGCGCGUACAAAGUGUUUGUAGACAAUAAAAACAAAAAACUGAUUGAUUGAUUGAUUGUUAUCGGGGGGUUAUAAAACUUUUUUUUCGUAAAAUUUAUUAACUAUUAACUAAAUCUAUUAACUAUGUAUUGUGAAUUUUGUAAAAUUGAGGUAGGGAGUUCGUCGUGGCAGUUUCAUCUGCGAACAAAUUCGCACAAGCGAAACGCGACCGAGGCAAUUGAUGCCAACCUGAAAAGAGUGAAAGGUUGUUUUGGUAACCGGAUCGAAACCCUGGUAUACGAAAACAUGGACGAGGCUCUUUUGAAUGCUACAGAGUUUUUAAAGAGGAUGGAGGCUCCUUUGAUGGAAUACCUUCGUAAUGCGUUAGAGCAGCGCAUGGCAUUCAAAUUUAAUAUUGAACUUUUCGCGGAGUUUAUAAAAAUAAUGGAUGAGGACAGUGAAAGUGUUGUGAGCAUCAAGUCUUUCAAUACCAAAAUGCAUGCAAUAUUAAGUGCUAAUGAGAUAGAGCCCGCGUUUAACAAUAUGACGGCUCAAAUAGUGGAAAAAAUGGAAGGGUUUCAGGAGAAGGACAGUGGAUGGGCUUUAUUGAGGUUAACGCAUUGCGAAUUAAACCUAAAUGAGUUCAAACCACUGCGGGGAACGAAUUUUAUUCCAUCCCCAAAGUAUAUAGCCCAAAAACGUGCAUGUGUGAAUGUAAGAAAUAAAGAUAUUUAUUGCUUCAAGUGGAGCAUCAUUUCUGCCCUAUACCCCGUGAACACUCACUUGGAAAAAACAUCAUCAUAUGAAAUCGAUGAUAUCACAGAUAGUGUAAUAGUGCUAAAAAAUGGACGAAUUAUAAACUUUUGGGGGCUUGAUUUCCCCCUUAAAGUGAAAGACAUUAGUGUGUUCGAGGAGCUGAAUCCCUCAAUCAGCAUCAAUUUAUUCGGGUAUGAUUCAGAAAUGAAAAAGAUUGUGGGUCCCUAUCACCUGUCGAAGGAGGAAAAGGUGCACCACAUCAACUUGCUGCUGCUGCAAUUUGGAGAAAAAAACCACUACAUUUGGAUUAAAGAUAUGUCAAGAUUAAUACGAGAGCAACAAACAUCGCACUGCUCAAAAAUAUUUAUAUGUAACAAAUGUCUUCAGCAUUUCUAUUCAACUGAAAAGCUGAAGAGUCAUGAAAACGAUUGCAGCAAAAUUGUCACGAAAAUGGUGUCCCCGGAGAAAUCAACGUUGGAGUAUAGACAUUUCGAGAGGCAAAUAGAUGUGCCUUUUGUAGUCUAUGCAGAUUUCGAAUGUCUACUUCAAGAUAUUCAAAGUUGUCAGCCGGAUCCAGCAUCAGCGUCAACAACAACUCUUCAAGAGCAUAUACCGUGUGCUUUUGCUUACUAUAUUAAGUGUUGUUACAAUUCUAAUUUAGAUAGGUUUAGAAUAUACAAGGGACCAGAUUCUCCUAAAAAAUUUAUUAAUUCGUUAGUAUCUGAUUUAAAAUGGCUCUAUAUAAAUCAUAUUCAGAAACCCAAAUCGUCAAAUACUUUGACUUUAGAUGAGGAAAAAACGCAAAGAGAAGCAACUCUAUGUUGCAUUUGUAAGAAAACGCUGGAUAGUGAUAGAGUUCGCGAACAUUGCCACUUUACCGGAAAGUAUAGAGGUCCGGCUCAUAGCUCAUGCAAUCUUUUGUUUCAGAUUCCUAAAUUCUUCCCAAUUCUAUUUCAUAACUUUUCAGGGUAUGAUUGUCAUUUGUUUGUCAAGGAGCUGGCAAGCAUUGAUGGAGAUAUUUCAAUAAUACCCAUUAAUAAGGAACUGUACGUGUCGCUUUCCAAAAAAAUACCCCUUAAUGAUUCUGAAACCAUUGAAUUAAGAUUUUUGGAUUCGUUCAGAUUCAUGCAUAGCAGUCUUGAUGCACUCGUAAACAAUCUGGCUCAUAAAGAUUUGAAAACUGUUUCAGGGGUAUAUGGAGAUGGCGAAAAAUUCAGUCUUCUUACGCGAAAGGGUGUGUUUCCUUAUGAAUAUAUAAACUCUUGGGAUCGGCUUAAUGAAACUUCUCUACCAUCUCGAGAGAAAUUUUUCAAUAAGAUGUCAAACACUGAGUGCAAAGAAGCAGAUUAUCAACAUGCGCUCAAUGUUUGGAAGCAAUUCAAUUGUGGUGUUAUGUGGGACUAUUUGGAGUUGUAUCUGAAAACAGAUGUUUUGCUUCUAACAGAUGUUUUUGAAAACUUUCGAAAUGUUUGUAAAAAUAUAUAUGGACUUGAUCCUUGUCAAUAUUAUACGACUCCUGGCUUAUCAUGGGAUGCCAUGCUUAAAAUUACAUCCAUAAAACUGGAGCUUCUUACAGAUAUCGAAAUGCAUCACUUUGUGAAAAGAGGAAUUAGGGGGGGUAUUACGCAAUGUUCGCAUCGCCAUUCAACUGCAAAUAAUAAAUAUAUGAAAAAUUAUAAAGAAGAGGAUCCUUCCAAAUAUUUAAUGUAUGUAGAUGCUAAUAAUCUAUACGGAUGGGCAAUGUCACAGCCGCUUCCCUAUGCUGAAUUCAAGUGGGUUGAAAAUAUAGUUGAUUUUGAUGUUUUGAAUAUUGCAGCAGAUUCGGAUAUUGGAUACAUAUUGGAAGUUGAUUUGGAGUAUCCAAUAUCAAAACAUGAUGAGCACAAUGAUUUGCCAUUAUGUCCAGAAAAUAAAAUCCCGCAUAAUUCGAAAACUAACAAACUGAUUGUGGAUUUAACAGACAAGCAAAAAUAUGUUAUCCACUAUCGGAAUCUGCAGCAAUGCAUUCAAAAUGGUUUGAAACUGACUCGCAUCUACAGGAUUUUACAGUUUAAACAAUCCAGUUGGUUGAAGGAAUAUAUCGAUUUAAAUACCCAUUACAGGAAAAUGAGUAAAAAUCCUUUCGAGAAAAAUUUUUUCAAACUUUUGAAUAAUGCAGUUUAUGGCAAAACCAUGGAAAACGUUGACAAAAGAAAGGACGUAAAAAUUGUUACCGAUUGGGAGAGUCGAGGCAGACAUUCAGGCGCUCGAGUGCUUAUUUCAAAACCCAAUUUUCACAGCGCAGCUGUAUUUACACCAAACAUGGCAGCUAUCCAAAUGGAUAGAGUAUUUACUUGUUACGACAAACCAAUUUACUUGGGAUUUACUGUGCUUGAUCUAUCCAAACUGAAAAUGUAUGAUUUUCACUAUCAUUAUAUGAAACCUAAGUAUAAUGAUAAGCUCAUUCUAAAUUACAUGGAUACGGACAGUUUCAUUUACACUAUCGAAACGGAAGAUGUGUACAAAGAUAUUUUGUCUGAUAUUGAUACACAAUUUGAUACAUCAGAAUAUGCUAUCGAUAAUAUAUAUAAUAUUCCUCAAAAAAAUGCUAAAGUCUUGGGUUUGAUGAAAGAUGAAAAUAAUGGUAAGAUAAUGACAGAAUUUAUAGGAUUAAGAUCUAAAAUGUAUUCAUUUAGCGUAGAAAAUGACGGUUUUGUUAAAAAAGCCAAAGGAGUUAAGAAAAUAAUAAUGGAUGGUUUAAGUUUAGAUGAUUAUCGGGAUUGUCUAUUUAGAAAAAAAAUAUUUAGAGAUGAUAAGCGAUUCAUAAGAGAGGACGGGGUUAGGACAUAUGCUUGGGGACAUUUUAAUAUAAGAAUGGAUGUAAACUAA